AUGAUUUGUUAUAAUGAUUUGUUAUCUCAUCAUGAGAUUGAAGGUGAAGUUGGUAGACCAGAAUAUCGCGACGACGCCGAAACACUGAACGCUAAAAUAGAUAAAUUAUAUGAGGCUCUUCUUGAUUCGAAUCAGACCUGUUUUAUCGUUGGUGCGGGAAUUUCGACUUCAAGCAAUAUAAGCGACUUUCGGGGCCCGAACGGUGUGUGGACCAAGCUGAAGAACGGCGAAAAAGCCGAUCCAUCCGAUAUUGGAAAUGCCGAACCAACCACCACUCAUUAUGCUCUCCGGGAGCUGGAGGAUCAAGCUCACAUUCAGUGGAUGAUUUCCCAAAACGUCGACGGACUUUUUCACCGUAGCGGAUAUCCGCUGAAUCUGCUCUGCGAAAUUCAUGGAAAUCUGUUUCGCUUACAAUGCAUUUCAUGCGGAAGAAUGUAUUAUAACAAAGAUCCAGUUGCCAGUGUCGGACAUAAACCGACGACUUUUAAAUGCGAAGGAACUCCACAUGGCCGUCCUUGUCGGGGAAUCCUUCGCGAUACUACCCUGGACUGGAUCACUCCUAUUAAUCCAGAUGAUCUAAAAAAGUGUGAACAAGUUAUAGAGAUUUGUGAUCUUAUCGUUGUCCUCGGAACAUCUCUUGAGGUGAAUCCAGUUGGUUCCUGGCCGAGUAUUGCUGCAGCCAGGGGAACGAAAAUUCACGCUGUGAAUCUUCAAGAAACGCAAUACGACCAUAUAUUCGAGAACAAGAUUAAUGCUGAGGUUGAUGUCGUAUUUGAUAAGCUUUUGUCGAAAAUGAAUAUCGCGCGGAAGAAUUUUUGCCCUCAGCCAAUCAACUACAAAUCAAAAUACUCUCCGCCGAUGAUCGAUGCUUUCAAAGAGCCCGUUCGACGAACCCGAAAGCGCAAGGCUAAAGCGAUUGAUCACGCUAACAGCGAGAACAACGAGGUGUCUAAUCCGAUAGUCCCUCAACAACAAGAAAACCAGGUUUUGGAGGAAAACGUCAUUAAAAUUGAUUAA